AUGGAUUUCUCCGAUGAUCUACCUCCUCAACUUACAAAAGAUGUCAAGAGACAAAACAGAAAAACAAGAACCGUGAGAAGCAAAGACUUUGAAACACUCAUCGGCAUAGCCACACGAGCUGCUCAUGUGGCAAGCGACAAAGGACACCACACCGUCUCUCCCGAAGCAAUAAGAUGCGUCCAAGUUCUGAGAAUGAUGGGAAGCUUGACUUUGACUCCUCGAGUUAUCACCAAAACAAACGCCUUGCGCGCUCUUCAGUUCCUUGCCACCAACGGCAACCCUAAAAUCCGGUCUGAGUCGAGAUCCGUUUUGGUUCACUUGAAGGGAUUCACAAAAGGGUUCUGCGUGGGAAGAUGGUGA